CUGCGGAGCGGACGGACGCGCCCGGUACCCCGGGGAGGGGCGCCACCAGGGGAGGAGGAGUAGGAGGUGGAGAGAAAAAGACGCCCUCUCGGCCCGGACCUCUGGAGGCUCUGACCCCAAGGGCCAAGGGACUGACAAGUUCCUCCACUUCGGCCGCCCGAAGAGGCCGCGACCCAGGAGGGCCCUGAGCCCACCCGCGCCAGGGGCCCCAGCACCACCCGGGUGGCCUAAAGCGACAGUCUCAGGGACCACUGCGAGGUCUCCAGUUGCCUAGACAACGAGCCCGGGGUCAGAGCCACCACCCUUGCAGCCACCUGCCUCCUCUACCGCCUCAGGCACCCGUCCUAGUCCCGUGAGUCCAGCCCAGGUGACAUGACGGUGCUCUCUACCCCCCGAGCCUCGCGGGUGACCACGCUGAAGCGUACUGCCGUGGUCCUGGCCCUCGUGGCCUAUGGAGCCCACAAACUCUAUCCUCUGGUGCGCCAGUGCCUGACUCCGGCCAGGAGCCCUCAAGCACCGGCGGUGGCUGGGGAGCCUGCACAGGACGUCUCCGGUGCCCCCGUGGCCACAGUGGCCAAGGCCAGCGUCAACCGGGUGUUCUUGCAGCGGCUCCUGUGGCUCCUGCGGCUGCUCUUCCCCAGGAUCCUGUGCCGGGAGACAGGGCUGCUGGCGCUGCACUCAGCUGCCCUGGUGAGCCGGACGUUCCUGUCAGUGUACGUGGCCCGCCUGGAUGGCCGGCUGGCCCGCUGCAUCGUGCGCAGGGACCCACAGGCCUUCAGCUGGCAGCUCGUGCAGUGGCUGCUCAUCGCGCUGCCUGCCACCUUCAUCAACAGUGCCAUCCGCUACCUGGAGGGCCAGUUGGCCCUGGGUUUCCGCAGCCGGCUGGUGGCCCACGCCUACGGCCUCUACUUCUCCCAGCAGACCUACUACCGGGUCAGCAACAUGGACGGGCGGCUUCGCAACCCAGACCAGUCCCUGACGGAGGACGUGGUGGCCUUCGCUGCCUCUGUGGCCCACCUCUACUCCAACCUGACCAAGCCGCUCCUGGACGUGGCCGUGACCACCUACACCCUGGUUCGAGCGGCCCGCUCCCGUGGGGCUGGCACAGCCUGGCCCUCAGCCAUCGCUGGCCUCGUGGUCUUCCUCACGGCCAACGUGCUGCGAGCCUUCUCGCCCAAGUUCGGGGAGCUGGUGGCUGAGGAGGCACGGCGCAAGGGAGAGCUGCGCUACAUGCACUCCCGAGUGGUGGCCAACUCAGAGGAGAUUGCCUUCUACGGGGGCCAUGAGGUGGAGCUGGCCCUUCUGCAGCACUCCUACCAGGACCUGGCUUCCCAGAUCAACCUCAUUCUGCUGGAACGCCUGUGGUAUGUCAUGCUGGAGCAGUUCCUCAUGAAGUACGUGUGGAGCGCCUCAGGCUUGCUUAUGGUGGCUGUCCCUAUCAUCACUGCUACCGGUUACUCAGAGUCAGACUCGGAGGCGGUGAAGAAGGCGGCCCAAGUGAUGAAGGAGGGGGAACUGGUGAGUGAGCGCACGGAAGCCUUCACCAUCGCCCGCAACCUCCUCACUGCUGCCGCGGAUGCCAUCGAGCGGGUCAUGUCAUCCUACAAGGAGGUCACAGAGCUGGCUGGCUACACAGCCAGGGUCUACGAGAUGUUCCAGGUAUUCGAAGAUGUCCGGCAGUGCCGUUUCAAGAGGCCCGGUGAGUCGGAGGAUGCGCAGGCGGGGUCCGGGGCCAUCGUAAAGUCUGGCGUCCGCGUGGAGGGGCUCCUGCAGAUCCGAGGCCAAGUGGUGGAUGUGGAACAGGGCAUCGUGUGUGAGAACAUCCCCAUUAUCACGCCCACCGGGGAGGUGGUGGUAGCCAGUCUCAACAUCAGGGUGGAAGAAGGCAUGCACCUGCUCAUCACUGGCCCCAAUGGCUGCGGCAAGAGCUCCCUGUUCCGGAUCCUGGGUGGGCUGUGGCCCACAUACGGCGGUGUGCUCUACAAGCCCCCGCCCCAGCGCAUGUUCUACAUCCCCCAGAGGCCCUACAUGUCCGUGGGCUCCUUGCGUGACCAGGUUAUCUACCCCGACUCGGUGGAAGACAUGCGCCGGAAGGGCUAUUCUGAGGAGCAUCUGGAAGGCAUCCUAGACAUCGUGCACUUGAACCACAUCCUGCAGCGGGAAGGAGGUUGGGAGGCCGUGUGCGACUGGAAAGAUGUCCUGUCGGGGGGCGAGAAGCAGAGAGUUGGCAUGGCCCGCAUGUUCUACCACAGGCCCAAGUACGCCCUCCUGGAUGAGUGUACCAGUGCUGUGAGCAUCGAUGUGGAAGGGAAGAUCUUCCAGGCGGCCAAGGAUGCAGGCAUUGCGCUGCUUUCCAUCACCCACCGACCCUCCCUGUGGAAGUACCACACCCACUUGCUUCAGUUCGAUGGGGAGGGCGGCUGGAAGUUUGAGAAGCUGGACUCAGCCGCCCGCCUGAGCCUGACUGAGGAGAAGCAGCGGCUCGAGCAGCAGCUGGCGGGCAUCCCCAAGAUGCAGCGGCGCCACCAGGAGCUCUGCCAGAUCCUGGGCCAGGGUCCUGGGGCCACCCAGGGUGCUGCCACUUGACCGGGGGCCCUGGCUCUCUCUUGCUUGGCCCUUUGCCCCCCUCCACCCCUGCCCCAACCCUCGGAUCACAUGAAGGAGACAGAGCGCCUGUGCAACCUGGCCCCAUGCCCCCCCUCCCCUGCCCCUCAUCGCAUGCUUCGCCAUUCUCCCAGGGGACCACCCAUGAAACCCGUGCCCCCUUCCUGGGGACCUGAGUGGGGAAGGGAGAGUGGCCAGAGGUGCACCCCACUGCCAGCAGCAGAGACAUCAUGGUCCAUGCCUCUAUUGCCAUCAUCCCAAGGACCCAGCGAGGCUCCCAUCCCCUGGGAUGCCCUCGUUGCUGUAAAAACGGCCAAGUGAGACCCUCAGAAUGAGACAGAGCCCCUCAUUCAUGCCCCCUCACCCAUCAUUCUAUAGAAUCUGCAAGGAAAAGAAUUGCACAGCUUUUCCUACCGAGCCAUGAUAAGAAUGUAGCCCCGUCCCUAUCCCCUUCUUCAAGCUAAUUUAUUGGAUUCCUCUUUGUAGACAUCUCCAUCGCCAGUGGGAGCACCCAGUCAGCCAGCCCCUGGCCCGCCCACCACCCCACCAGCCUACACUGCCAACCACCAGAGGGUGGGUGGGGGCGGGCCGGCCCCAGGGGCGACGGACCCUGGGGCCAUGAGGCAUGAGGGUACCGUGGUGCCCAGUCCAGUGCCAAAGAGGGGUCAGCGGGGAAGCUGUGUCCGCAAAGGCAGCCCCGACCUGAGAGGGAGACCCCCACUGCUGCCACGCCGCCGUGUGCCUUUCGGGCCCUCAGCCCUGGGGUCGGGGAGCCUCCCUGAGUUCCUCAGUAAAGACCUGCCGUGGAAAGUGCA